CGCUGGAAUCUGUGCAGCUCCCGCCAAGCCAAAUAUUAUGAAGACAAGAUGCCGCCGUACGCGCACAAGACGCACUUCAUCUCUUGAAAUAUUCUUCGUUAAGCUCCUUUCGCACUUUUGGACGUCGGAUAUCUGCAAAACCACCUGUAUCUAACGGCCGUCACCAGUGUGAGUUAGAUAGGCUACCCCUGAACGGGCAAUUCGUUGAAAAAAAUCAGUGCAGUAAGAACUACGCCGAUGCGUCGUCGCUUCACAUAUAUUAAAAUUAGGGGUCGGUGGUUGCGAGCAACGGAACCAUGAAAUGCGCAUUGGAGUAUUGGGUGCCCCUAAUGGCGUUUACGCGUGGAGAACCCACUGGGGCGUGUGUGUAAACGUGCGUGUAAGUGAAUGUGAGAGAGUGCGAAAGAAAACGAGGCAUUAUUUUGGUUUCCACGAGCUCUGCGCUUCAUUUCGCAGUGGAAAUAUGAGGAUCUCCAGAGGACGCGGCUGAUAAAUUGUAUUUUAGACCCUGUCACACACGAAGACGAUACCAGCACCACGGAUCCUGCUCCUCCUCCUCAGAGAACCCCUGUUUGAUACGAGGGGCUAUUAAAUAUCCAAAUUGUAAAGCGCAUCAGCAUCCAUCAUGAAUCCCAUGUCACAUCUAUACUACAAAAAGACCAGCUACUCACCAUACCGUGACCGGAUCCCGCUCCAGAUAGUCAGGGCGGAGGUAGAACUUUCUCCAGAGGAACGUUCUUUCCUUUGCGCCGUGGAAAAGGGCGACUAUGCAGGUGUCCAGCAUGCCCUGCGUGAGGCUGAGGUGUAUUAUAACAUCGACGUGAACUGCGUGGAUCCAUUAGGCCGCAGUGGGCUGCUAAUCGCUAUAGAGAACGAGAACUUGGAGGUGAUGGAGCUUCUACUGGACCACGGGGUGAACACCGGGGAUGCGUUGCUCUACGCCAUCCGCAAAGAAGUAGUGGGGGCUGUGGAGUUACUGCUGUCCCAUAGGAAACCCAGUGGAGAGAAACAGGUCCCAUCCCUAAUGAUGGACGCCCAGUUUUCAGAAUUCACACCCGACAUCACCCCCAUUAUGCUCGCCGCCCAUACAAACAACUACGAAAUCAUCAAACUCCUGGUUCAGCGGAAGGUCACCAUCCCUAGGCCGCACCAGAUCCGAUGCGACUGUGUGGAGUGCGUGUCCAGCUCCGAGGUGGACAGCUUGCGUCACUCUCGAUCUCGUCUCAACAUCUACAAAGCCCUGGCCAGCCCCUCUCUCAUCGCCCUGUCCAGCGAAGAUCCCAUCUUGACUGCCUUCAGGCUGGGCUGGGAACUCAAGGAACUCAGUAAGGUGGAGAACGAGUUUCGGCAGGAGUACGAGGAACUUUCUCAACAGUGUAAGCUCUUUGCUAAAGACCUGCUGGACCAGGCGCGUAGCUCCCGUGAGCUGGAAACCAUACUCAAUCACCGUGACGACCAGAGCGAGGAGUUGGACCCGCGAGAGUGCAGGGAUCUGGCCAAACUCAAACUGGCCAUUAAAUACCACCAGAAAGAGUUUGUGGCUCAGCCAAACUGUCAACAGCUCUUGGCCACACUGUGGUACGACGGUUUUCCGGGCUGGCGUCGCCGGCACUGGGCGGUGAAGUUGGUGAUGUGCUUCAUUAUCGGCCUACUCUUUCCCAUCUUCUCCAUCAUUUACCUACUGGCUCCAAAGAGCACGUUAGGGCUCUUCAUUAAAAAACCCUUCAUCAAAUUUAUCUGCCACACGGCCUCCUACCUCACCUUCCUCUUCCUCCUCCUGCUGGCCUCGCAGCACAUAGCACGCACCAACCUACACAUGCAGGGCCCUCCGCCCACUGUGGUGGAGUGGAUGAUACUACCUUGGGUGCUGGGCUUCAUCUGGGCUGAGAUCAAGGAGAUGUGGGAUGGAGGUUUUAAUGAAUAUGUCCAUGAUUGGUGGAACCUAAUGGAUUUUGCAAUGAAUUCGCUCUAUUUGGCCACUAUAUCCCUAAAGAUUGUCGCCUAUGUCAAGUAUAACAGCUCCCGUCCUCGAGAGGAAUGGGAGAUGUGGCAUCCGACGCUAAUUGCCGAAGCAUUGUUCGCUAUCGCCAACAUCUUCAGCUCGCUGCGGCUCAUCUCCCUCUUCACGGCCAACUCGCACCUGGGGCCGCUGCAGAUCUCACUGGGCCGCAUGUUGCUGGACAUCCUCAAGUUUCUCUUCAUCUACUGUCUGGUGCUGCUGGCUUUCGCUAACGGACUUAACCAGCUUUACUUUUACUACGAGACCAAGGCUUCAGAUGAGCCUAACCACUGCAAAGGGAUUCGCUGUGAGAAACAGAACAAUGCCUUCUCUACGUUAUUUGAGACACUGCAGUCCCUGUUUUGGUCGAUAUUCGGCCUCCUGAAUCUGUACGUGACCAACGUCAAGGCUCGGCACGAGUUCACUGAGUUUGUUGGCGCCACUAUGUUCGGCACCUACAACGUCAUCUCGCUGGUGGUUCUGCUUAACAUGCUCAUCGCUAUGAUGAACAACUCCUACCAGCUCAUCGCCGACCACGCUGAUAUUGAGUGGAAGUUUGCUCGGACCAAGCUGUGGAUGAGUUAUUUUGAUGAGGGCGGGACACUUCCCCCUCCCUUCAACGUCAUCCCCAGUCCCAAGUCAUGUUGGUACCUGUGUCGAUGGGUGCACAAGCGUCUCUGCGGGUCAGAGGCUGCUCUGCCCGAAGACCCCCACAAACCAGAGAACCUGAAGGAGUUCACGGAAAAGCACGCCGACAGACUGAUCCAGAAUCAGCAUUAUCAGGAAGUCAUCCGUAGUCUGGUGAAGAGGUACGUGGCAUCCAUGAUUCGCAGCGCUAAGACGAAAGAAGGCCUGACGGAGGAGAAUUUUAAGGAGUUAAAACAGGACAUCUCCAGUUUCCGCUAUGAAGUUUUAGACCUUCUCGGCAACCGGAAGCCGCCCCGCAGGAACUACUCCUCCAGCAGCGAGGCCACGUUAAGAGACGAGGCGAGCGAUGACGGCGAAGCGUCGAGCAACAACUUGCACCACAGCGACGGCGGCAGCAUCGGAGCCAAGGGCGUGUCUUUUAAGACUAUCACGCCUUCGGAUCCGGCUUAUGGGGUCUCCGCCCUCUUUCGCUCCAUCUCCGGGGUAGAGGUUGCAGCAUCGUCAACGUACAGGGAGGUUAAACCAAAGAUCAACGGAUUGAGGAAGAACCCAUCGCCCUCCUCUUCCCUGUCCUCGGUGGCUCCAGCGAGACCUGCACUUUCACGGACUUGGAGGCGUUUUUCGCGCUUCUCCAGUUCCAAGAAGAACUCUUUCAGACGGCUCGGCCUGCUGUUCUCGCGCAUGGGCAGUCACCUUCCCCAGCCUGCAGGUGUUACGGCGGCAACCUACACUAUCUCAGAUGGAUUGCUUCACCCGCCCGGGGCUUGGCAGGACUUAGGCUUCACCAGAGGUGAUGGUCCCGUCACCCGCAGCGAGACCAACCUUAAUCGGGUGGAUGCGGCCACUUUAAACGAGGGCGACAGUGUUGCCACGGCAACAAAUGGACAGAGAGUUAACGGGAGGGAUGUUUUGCUGACAUUAGGACCUCUGUCCUCCCCCACCUCCCUCCACUGUGCUUCCAGUUUUUCAGCUUCCAGUUCCCGACUCUUGGACUCGAGCGAGGACGUGUUCCAGGGUUUGGUCGGGCCUUGUGACGUACUAAGGCAAGACUCCUCCCACUGGGUAACGGAACAGGACGAUUCGGUGACCACGCAGCUAUAGUAUCGCUACUAUGUACUGUACAGCACUUUGAUAAUAACAAUAAUCAGUGACGAUAUCAAUAACGAUUACCAACCGACCGGUUCCUUUGUUUUAUCGCAUUUAGUUUGCUGCUGCAAUAUUUGUAUUUUCUCUCUAAGAUUUAACCAAAUCAAAAGCUAUUUAUAAGGCAGAAGGGAUGAGCAAAUGAAACGAUGGACGACAGAUAGAUUUAGAAGGAACCAAAACAUGUCACAACCAGCAGAACAGACGAAACAUUUCAUUAGAAAUGUUCUGUAAACCGCAGGCCAGGUACACAAAUAUUUGGACAAGUAAUAUAGUCGAGACAUUUAUUUACUGUUUUCAUUACCUAUUAGUGCUGCUCUCUCUCUCUUUCUCUCUCUCUCUCUCUCUCUCUCUCUCUCCUCUCUCUCUCUCUCUCUCUCUCAUUUUGUCAUGCUGUGUUCAAACUCAAAGCCAGCAUGUUUUUUUCAGACAGAAUUGUAAAAAGAUGCAAAUAGAUGCUGGUGAUGUCAUGCAGUGUCAAAAUGACAAUAAUUUAAAGUCAACAUGAAAUCAAAAUCGCCCCAUUCUAGGUCUCAUGAGCGCACGUUUUUCCAAAGAGGAUUGUAAUAACUUGCUCCGCCUCUGAAGUGACUUCAUCAUUUUGGUGAACGUUAAUCUAAAAACUUCUCAAAUUGAAAGCUGGUUGUCUUAAAUGUAAUAAAAUUUACAGCAAUAAUAGCAAAUAGUAAGCUUAAGUGAUAAAGCAUUGCAUUCUUAAUGCGAAGAUCUCCGGUUUGACCCAUAGACUGUAAAACAUACGGACGUUGUGUUUGUGACAUCACCCAUUGGUUUGUGAAGAGCUUUUUUGAAGCCAAUAGUAGGCGGUGCCUGUCGUCGCCAUCUUUGCCGCGCGUCACUGCACAUUACUUUCAGAUAACUAAAAAUGGAUAAAAAGACAGGAUGUGGGUGAAGCUGAGGUGGCUGGUUGCUGAAAACACACCCGCCUAUCUCGACUCUAGUGAUAGCAGUGGCAGUUCACCUGUCACUCACGUGGCCACGCCCUUAAUUAUGCAGAACUUUAAGGCUUAAUAUCACUUAAACAGAUGAGUUACAAAAAUAUUCACCCCCCUCACAGUUGUCAUGAAGGGCAAAAUUAGCUAUACAGACCAAAAACAAUUUUUUUUAUCAGGCUGUAAACAUAUUAUUUUCUACUGUAAAGUUGGCCAUUUUAACAUGGAGGUCUAUGGGAAUUGCCCCUCGGUUCCAAUCAUGUAUGCAAAAAGGUGACGGCGAGAUGCAUGAAAUGUAUGUCGAUCAUUGGAAUACAUUGAGAUGCCUGCAUGUACAGUACUUUACCUUUAACAUUAAUACUUUUAAUGAUCCAAGCAUUUCCAAAUGGAUUAGAUCAAGGCCCUGUGUUUCUUAAAGGGAUAGUUCGGCCAAAAAUAAUAUUAAACCCAUGAUUUACUCACCCCCAAGCUG